AGGACAGCAGUGGAGGUGAGCGGUCGGAACUAAACAAGGUCUCCCUACAGAUCACAUCUCCUCAGUGAUGGCCUCAAUAGUGCAGCUGUUCCCCGGCACGCCUCAUCUGGAACACGUUUAAACCCUGACGAUAGUCAAGCGCAUACUUGGGAAACCUUUCUAUUUAGACAUGUACAGCGUAGAGGACCUCCUCAUCUCUCAUGGAUAUAAAGUAAGCAGCAACAAUAACGUCCCUCCGUCACGUUCACCCUCAGCCCAAGAACAGCGCCCGCCAACGCGCAGCAACAGUCGGUGUGAAAUCACAGACAGGAGGACGGUACACGGCGUGGUGAAUGGCUACAAAACGGACUCUGUUUAUGGUGGUGGUGUCAGACAAGCUUUGUCUGGGGGUGGCUCCGGUGACACAGACAGAAGAGAUGGGAUGCAGAGGACAGUGGAACAGGAUAGGGGAAAUCUAGGAGAUGGACAUUCACCAGGAGACACACAGACAAGAGACAGUGGAUUCCAUGAUGGCAAGGAAAUGUACUCUCAGUCCAGGCCAGAGCGGGAUGUGUCACACUGGCGGAGACAGGGUCAGGACUUCAAUGCUCUCGUGGACUAUGCAGAUUUUAGGGACCCCCAGGGAAGGACAUUAGGGGUACCUUUUAAAGCAGGGGGUAUGCAGCGAAGGCCAGAGUCAGCCUUAAGUGCCGAGGAACAUCGUCGUGACAGGCAGCGAAGGGCUGACAGCGCACGUGCCAAAGAGCGUGAACUGGCCUUGUACCAGUGGAGAAUGGCAGCAGAAAGGAAAUACCAGAGUCUAGGAGCAGAAGAGUGGCGUCCCGCUGUGGGAAUGACCCGACAUGUGUCUGAAGGUGAAGGUGAAAGAUGGGCACAGGAGCAGCGUCAACCUCGUACAGCAGAGGGUGCUGUUCCCCCUAGAACCAAAGCUAAAUCCCAGUCAUUACCCAGAAUGGCCGUGCCCCCAGACAAUGUACAGUACUUAGGCAUGUCAUCCCCUGGUCCAGAUAUGUAUGGAAACCAUCGGAUAAAUGGGCACCAACUGCGGGUACCUCAAGGACUUAAUCCUAGUGAGGAGGAAAGCAGAGAGCGGUGGAUGGAUAAUAAACGGUCAGGUGUGCAGUCUGCGCCCCCUUCAAAGCCCAGAUUUAGCAGACCUCUCAGACCCCCAUCUUAUGAAGUUCACCAGCAGAUGCGUGGAAGCUCAGAGAUGCUUUCUGGGGAAUUCCUUUCUCAUCCUAGAGACAGGACUCCACUGCCUUUUACUAGGCAGGAUUACUUUUUACAGGAUCCUGCAGGGUAUGGUGCUGACCCUCCAGGUUACAAUCCUCCACCUUCAUACAGAAGGCAACCUCCAGUCAGAGGAGGACAAAGGACUUACGCUAAUUCUAUGGGAAAUUAUCAGUACAGGGGGGAUCCAUACAUGCAGGGCCCUGCCAUGGCAGAGGUCCAGGAGUGGUUCAUGAGACAGACAGGAAUGGCUUGGCCAGAUCAUUACAGAGAUGGGAGGAGAAGUAUGCCCUGCAGAAGACAGGCCUACCCAGAGUACAGUGACCAACGAAUGGGGAAUGUUCAGUACAUACCCUUCGAUGAUCCACGUGUCAGGCAUAUCUCAGGAGAAGGGAUGGACGGAAGCUCAUUGACAGAUGCGGACAAAAUCAGGAAUAUCAGAAAUGAGAUUCCCAAUACGACCUCUUCUGAGAAAUCUCCUGAUGACAGUGCCUUUCUGCUCUCAGGAAAAUUUUGCAGCACAGAACCAAGCAAAAGCAAUACUAGUGAUUCUGUUCAUGAAGCAGUCAUAUCUAAAGAAGUUUCAGGACAGGUGAUUAAUACCAAAUCAGUAUCUGAUGAAAACACCAACAGAUACCCAGACUACUCAAAUACCGUUCAAAUGAAAUCACUGCAGCAGAAACCCAGCUCAGACAAGAGUGUCUGUGAGACAGUAACACAGGUUAAGACAUUUGAGGCACAAACAACUGCUGAGAAUAAGAAAAACAAGAAGAAAAUCAAAGAGACCAUGUUUUGCCUUGUGUCUGUACCAAUAAACAUGAUAAACAAGAAAGCUGCUGACCCAAACAACAAUGAAAAAUCAUCAGAGUUAGUGGUUGCACCCGCUGAAACUUCAGUCACCAAGCAAUGUAGCAAAGACCUCUCAAGGACAACCAAUAGCAAUGAGUAUCUAAUACCAUCUAGCAAUUUGUCAGCCACAAAAAUCUCCAAAAGAGCUCCAAUUCGGAAGGAGAUCAUAGAUGUUUGGUCUCUUCAAGCAAGUUCUGACAAAGAAUUGUGUUAUGCAGGAUCCUGGCCUGGGGAGCAAUAUAAAAACCAAGAGACCCAAACAAGUUCUCCAGAAGUUACUAAAAAUAAAAAUUUACAUACAAGUCCCCACACCCACAUCGUAUAUGACCCUCUAUCCUCUGGCACCACAGACAGUGGAAUUGGCACAGAAUGCAGCAGCACCUACAGAUAUCCCAUAAAAGUCCAAAAAUAUUUAAACCUUUCCAGCAAUAGUGCGUUUUCCAGAACAAGGACAAAGAGUAGCUCCAGUGUAAAGAGCCCAACUCCAAUCCUAACAGUACACACACCAUUAAGUCCUGACCAUCAGAACCCACUAAAAAAGGGUUCACCCAAAUCUCAAGCACCAGAUCAAGAAGUCUUUGGGCAAUUCUUAUUAAAGCCUGUAAACAGACGCCCAUGGGAUGCCAUCGGCGAACUUGAGUCUUUCAACAAGGAGCUUCAGGAUCAGAACAGCAAACAGCAAAGCAUUGAACAGGCUGUUGAAGAUCUGGAUGAGGCACUAAAAAACAUUUUAGAAGUUAGCACAGAGUUCGCCAAGCUUGGGUCAGCCACACAUAACUCGCAGAGGGACUUGCAAAUGAUAGAAAGGAACCCUGAGCUAGUGUUAAACAGUAACAAUUUAAAUUUAGAGCACAAAUAUAUAACCCAAACAGAUAAUGAAUUCAGGGAAUUGAAAAGUGCCUUCUCAAAGCUGAAGGGAAGGUCGAAAGGUCCCGAGACACAACAGAGACAAGAAAUGUCUGUCUUCGAGGAUGUUGAUUUUGCUAAUUAUGACACGUUGCAUACAACGCAGGAUGAUCCAAGGGUGAACAGGCUAGAUAUACCAGUGGCAAAGGAAUCUUUACUGAGGGAUGUGGGACUCACUGUGUACACAGCAAUACCAAGCAAUGUGACCACCGGUUCACCUGUAGGUUUAAGCCCAGAGUCUCCGAUGCUUACAAGUCCCUCCGACAACUCAGAAACAUGUGACAUCCUACAUAUCACAUCGUCAGACAGUGAAGGAGAUCAAAGUAUAAACAGCCCUGACUUUAACAUGGAUUUUCAGAGCACGAAUAGUCCCACAUCCUCCUCCGCUAAACAUGACCCUAAGAAAGAGCCAGAGAGCAAAAACAACGAUGACUCUAGCUCUCAAAGGUCACCUCCCAUCCAUGGAGUCACAAGUCAGCGUUUCAGGUUUAAAAUAAACCAGGAUGAUGAUGCUUAUGACAAUGAUUUGUAUUCUGAUUAUAUGAGCUGGAGUAAGGAAAAGACAAUAGCAGAUGAACAUCUGGAGGCUUUACUUAGUCAAGAAAAAGCAAACAGCAUGCCAACAGAAGAUCUGAGCAACCUUUAUCAGAUUCAGUGUGCCAAGGGAAUUCCUGAGCAUGAGUCCAUCGAGCAGAGGGCUGCCAGGAUCCUUGGUAUUGACGUCUCAGCUGCAGCCUUGGUUGUCAGUCAAGAUGGUAGCAAGCAGGGUAAGGAAAGUGCAGAUGGAGAUGAGCAGGAUGAAGAAGAAGUGACAUUUGUUGAGCAAAUGGUAACACUUAUUGAUAAUGAAGAAGACAAGCAUGUGAGCAGAGAGUUUAAGAAAGUAAUAGAGACAUCAGUGGACAACUAUGAAGAUUCUGAAGAAUUCACAGGUUUUAAUAAAAAUAAGCCUAGUAAGAAGAGCAAUACAGCUUCUUUGGCAUUAGAUGUUUCUGAGUUUCCGCCAAGUAACCUACGUCUGUCUUUGCCAGUCACUGAAGAUGAGGAUUUAGCUUUAAGUGUUUCCAGAGGUGAGAAAAAGGUUAAGCUUGCUGCACACAUGUCUGAAGACCUGCAAGACAAGUCGAUUGUAUAUUACCCAUAUUCAGAGUGCAGGAAUGAAGAAAUGUCUGCAGAACACAUUAAUCCUGUAGUGAAGGAUGAGGCAAUGUCAUGCGUCAGCAGUUUCGAAAAAGAGGUCCAUAAAGAGUGGGAAGCAGAGGAAAUAGAAAAGGACAGAACUGAAAAUAGAGUUCAAGAGGAGAAACUACCAAUAGAAGAGGAACAAUUUGUAGAAAAUGAAAUAGUAGCCAGUGUAUGGAAAGCUGCUGCUGAACAAAAGAUGGAUGAGGAGGAUGAUGGAACAAGGGGAAAAGAGGAAAAAGAGACAACAAAAGAGGAAACAGAGGAACCAAGUCAUAUUACUUGCUUAGUCCCAGUUCCUCAGCCUCGUAAUGGAACAGUGACGAAGAGAGAGAUAACCCUGCCAGAUACCUUUAGUAUGACCACUGCCUUGGAUUUAGUCAUUGAAGAAGACAUUCAGUCUUUUUCAGACACCUAUGAUCCCAGUCGAGUUGAAAGGGUGUAAACCUGGAUGUGUAAACACAGCAAUCUGAACUGUUCUACACUAUCACUGUGACCUGGCUAGAAAAUCUGCUCCUAUACAGGCCUCUCCAUUACUUUUCACAUUUUGCUUUUAAUAAAAAACUGACAGCACACUAUUCUGUACAUAUUUUACAUUCACUCAUUUUUCAG